AUGGAUUCAAAAUACACAUCUGUGGGGUUAGAAAAAUCAAACUCCAAUUUGAAAAGAAAAAAUAUUUUCGAUAACUUGAAAGUAAAGAAAGCAAAGCUGACGAAAGAUGGAGAAGGUGUCCCGCCCACAUCUGCAGGUAAUGGACUUGUGGCAGUGCAGAAUCUUGUGCAGAAUAAUGUACAUAGAAUUGGUCAGAAAGAAGACCUACUGGAGGCCAGGAGACGACUACCAGUUUACUUAGUCAGGGGGAGGUUACUAGAAGAAAUAAAAAAGACAGACACAAUGAUACUAAUAGGAGAAACAGGCAGUGGGAAGACCACUCAGAUCCCUCAGCUGAUCCAUGAGCAGCGGCUGGAAGGGGCCGGUAUCAUUGCUGUCACACAGCCUCGGAGGGUUGCUGCCAUUACUAUAGCUCUUAGAGUCUCUGCUGAGAUGAACACAGAUGUUGGAAAUAUUGUUGGGUAUUCCGUAAGAUUUGAAGAUGUGACCAGUUCUCGCACAAAAGUAAAGUAUUUAACAGAUGGCAUGUUGCUUAGAGAGGCAAUAGUUGACCCAUUGUUGAAAAAGUACUCAAUAGUCAUACUGGAUGAGGCCCAUGAGCGCACUGUUAGCACAGACGUUUUGUUUGGAAUUGUCAAGUUAGCUCAGAAAGAGAGAAUUGAAAAAAAAUUAACCCCUAUGAAGAUAAUAGUAAUGUCUGCAACAAUGGAUGUGGAUUCUUUUAGAAAGUACUUCAACAACUGUCCUGUAGUGUAUUUAGAAGGCAGAACUUUCCCUGUCACUAUUUACCACUCGAAAAAGAAGCAUGAGGACUACCAAUAUGCAGCAAUUUGUACAAUAUUCCAACUGCAUGCUACUACUCCACCAAACCAAGACUUCCUCGUGUUUUUAACAGGACAAGAAGAAAUUGAGACAGUUAUGUACAACAUAAAACAAAUAGCUAAGGAGGCGCCUGGGCCGCCGAUCAAAGUGUGUCCCUUGUACGCUGGCCUGCCUGCCGCGAAACAGUUACAAGUUUGGAAGGAGACACCGCAGGGGUCAAGGAAGAUUGUCCUAGCUACCAACAUAGCUGAGGCAUCUGUAACAAUUCCUCAGAUAAAAUGUGUUAUUGAUACAGGAGUAGUAAAAGAAAGAACAUGGUGCACUGCAACGGGAGCCGAGCGCUUGCGCGUGUGCCCGUGCGCUGCGGCGGCGGCAUGGCAGCGUGCCGGCCGCGCGGGCCGCACUGCACCCGGCGCCUGCUAUCGCCUUUUCACCGCUGCUGACUUUGCAGCGCGGCCGCCACACAGCACGCCCGAGAUUGUUAGGUGUCCGUUAGCGCCGACGGUAUUGCUUUUGAUAGCCGCUGGGAUGGAGCCUAGCACGUUCCCUCUUUUGGAUUCACCACCGCAAGAUUCCAUAAAGGCAUCGCUUCUUCUACUUAAAGAAUUAGGUGCCAUUGAUAGUGAAGCAAAUCCAAAGUUAACAAUACUUGGGAAGAAAAUGUCAUCGUUCCCGAUCGAUCCUAAAUACUCAAAAAUCUUACUUAUUGCACCAGAAUACAAUUGUUUAGACGAGGCUUUAAGUUUAGUAGCGGUACUAUCAAGCGAGAACAUAUUCCACACUCCCAUGCAUAAAAGAGAAGAAGCAAUCAAAGUGAAACAGAAGUUCGUGUCGCCUUUAGGGGAUCAUCUCACCCUUUUAAAUGUGUUCAAGGCAUUUUGCAAGGCACCUUUGAAAAAGCAAUGGUGUAAAGAGAAUUACAUGAACCACAAGAACUUGACGUACGCUUAUGAGGUGCGUCAGCAGUUACUGGCUAUAUGUCAGCGAUUGAAUUUAACAGUCUCCAGUUGUGGCGUGGCAACAGAUCAGCUCCUGAAAUGUCUAUUAAGCGGUUUAUUCACCAACUGCGCGUGGUUACGCGGCGGAUCGGCAGCGUCAAGUGGAGGUCGCUACGUCACAGCAUCAGGCUCAGCUGCAGCCUUACAUCCCGGCGGAGUCCUACAUUCAAUACGACCACCUCCUUCAGCCGUUUUAUACACGGAACUAUUGCAAACAAGACGUAUCUACCUCGUUACAGUGUCAGUAGUUCAACCUCAGUGGCUUCAUCAAGUCGCACCUGAUUACGCACGGCGGUGUAGAGCUAAUCGGUGACGUAAGAAGUUUCGAUUCCGUAAUUCGUAUAGAUGAUAUUUAAUAUUAUGAUGAUUUUUCUUUAUUAUGGACAAAUUUUUUAACGGACUGUGUACUUGAAAUCGAGGCGCGGGUACGGAUUGCGAAAGAAGUAGACUAAGAUUGUAUGUAGAAUUAUUUCCGUCUACAAUAGGACAAAUGUAAGGCAAAUUAUAUUUGAAUGUUAGGAUUAUUUGACUGCCUCGAGUGGAGCGUUGACAGUGAAGAUAAAAACUGCCAUUUUUUUAGAUAGGAACACAGAACAGUUAAGAUGAUAGAAAUGAUAAGUAAGCUGCAUAGCACAUUGGUCUCAACUUACAGGCAUUAUCUUGCUAUCAUUCGUCUUUAGUUGCUGAAAAGACAUCAAUUACGCUCAACUUUCCAUAGUUAUGCUAUUUAUCAUUCAUUUAAAUUGUUAAAAUACAUUCUAGUGGUUUGUAGCAUGAAAAAUGAAGGCACAAGCUAGAAUGUUCAAUAAAUCGCAUGUUACAUAUACAUUCAUUACAUAUUUUAUGAGAAAAUUAUUAAAAUACGUGAUUAUACGAUUUCUCCUAAGUUAAACAGAGAAAAUCCACCUUGUUUGUUUACUCAGAAGUUCAAUGUCCUUUGUUUAAAAGUUUUGAGACAUUUAGACUGUUGUUAUCAAUUAUACGGUACUCUUAGAAAUAUGACAGAUUUUCCAACAUGUAUAUUUUGUUGAUUCUUUGUUUUUCAUUUCCACUUUGAAAAAUGAGUAAUUGAGUGUCGGUGUGAGGCUUAUCCCGUUGCGCCCUACAUUGCGACUGUUGGACGGCCUGCCGCUUGAAUGCCGCGAUGAAGUUUUAAUAGCAUUUUACAAUUUGUUUUUGCGUUGCUAGCAAAUUGGUACAAGAACAGGAAAUACAUAUCGAUUUAUACAAAUAUGCACACUCUACUAUUGGAAAAAUAAGUGUAGUGUGAAUAAUAAUUAGAUGUUCAAAAUGUGAAUAAAGAUUACAACCGAGCAAAAAAAUGCUUUUUAAAUGGUAGUUGCCUAUUUCUGCCCCCGUAGUAUGGCUACGCAUGUUAGUCGCGACACGCGCGAUAAAAUUGGAAUAAGCGCGUACUAUCAUGCGUCGCCAUGCUACGGGGGUAGGCCAUAAUACGUUCAGAAAUUCUUUUUAUCUGUAAUCUGUUAAAACUUAUAAUAGAACAGUUCACAUUUUGUAAUAGUAUGUUUUUACUUAAUUUCGUUUAAUACAAUGAUUAUAAUAAACGGUUUUGUUUAAAGUCGUAAAUAAUUUUAUGACACUACUGGUAUCAUAAUCGGGAUCUAAAAUAUUUUUGUACCGCCAUUUUGUCAAAAUCAAAAUAAUCUUUAUUUCAUAAGUAAGCAUUAUUACGUCUUGAAAUCGUCACAUUGCUUAAACUCUACCGCUC